AUGAUUUAUGGAUUUUAUUAUCGUCGUUUUCCAGAUAAUAAAAGUCGAAGCGAGGUUUCCACACCGAUUUCGGCAAAAGCUCAGCUCGAGUACCAAUCACUUUCGGACGAAGCAGUUGAAGAUACCAUUGAAUACAAAGGUGUUCCACAUUCCGGGAGCAAGUCGUUGGACACGCUCGAUAAUUUAGACGAUUUAGCCGAUACUAUAAAAACAAAACAAGCCUCUUGCAGCGAUAUCAAAGAGAAGAAUAAACCUUUCGACGAGAAAGCGUUCUAUGAUACCAAACGUACUCAGAAGGCAGCUUCUACGAGUGCCAUAAAGAGUUCUAUGACGGAGAUAACGAAGAAAUUAUCGACGAAGAAUGUGAAGCCACCGAAUAUUUUAAUAUACGCUGACAGCUUGAUAGCGAGAAAUAACGUGAAAACUGCGUUGAAGAAAUUCUUAGGAACAGAAAGGUACACCAUUUAUGCCUUGUCCUCUUCGGAGGCUCGGAACGAUGCCUGGAUAGAGAACGCCGUGUUGGUGGUCGUCUGCGGGAACGUAGGCAGCGAGAUUGGGAACCGCAUCGUCGAGUACAUCCUCCGCGGCGGUAAACUCUUAGCUCUGUGCUCGGACAUAAUCCACAUCCUGCUUCCGUUGUUCAAAACUGCCGAGGUCCGGGAGAACGAGCUCGUCCACUUUUCUUACGGAAAAUGGAAGAACGUCCGAAUGAUGCACCAUAUAUUCUGCUAUCAAGCCUCCCCCGUCAGGACGAAAUUCUCCCAGGAUCAGAAGGACCCUUCGACACCCUCUUCCAUAAGCAUCAAAGACAAAAAAGGAAACACGCAUGUUUUCGAAUUAAAAGUCCUCGGAACGGAGGAGACCUGGCAUACGCCGAGCAUUUUAUUAGCGACGCUUCCCAGCAGCGGGGGAAAAGUAGUCUUCUCGCAGAUUCAUUUAGAAGUGGAUCCGAUGGAGUACGAAUUAGAGGAGAGCAAAUUUGCCGCUUUAAAAGAGAGCAACGAGACCAGAUUAGAAAUUUUCAAUGACUUAUUGAAGGUCCAUCUUGGAAUUGAAAUCAGUAACGGUACCAAGACGUCUGGUGCUGUGAAUUACACCCCAGCUUUCUUUUUGGGUCGUCACGAAUCUAAGUUGGAAAUGCUUGAGAAAUUGAAAGACAUAAUGCAGAACGAUACGUUGAAAACGUCGAAAUUGGAGAUUCAGUUUUGUCGGAGCGCGACCUCUCGCUCGGCCUCUUCCACUUUUCUUCCAAUUAUGAUGCAUCAGUGUCCCGAAAACUUCUCCACCGUGGAAUACUUCGACAGCCUGAAGACCUCAGAGCUGGGACGUUUGGUGAUCUACGCGGACGUGAUGACAUCAUCUAUGGACGUAUUUAACGGGCACAAGUUGCGGCAUGGCUUGGCUGUGAUCGUACGUCAACAGACAAACGGUAAGGGAAGAGGGACGAAUGUAUGGCUAAAUCCGGAAGGAUCCGCCACGUUCACUUUACAACUUCAUAUAAAAAUGAACACCAUUGUCGGGCAAAGAAUAUCGAUCUUACAACAUUUAAUCUCCGUCGCGAUCAUAUCCGCAUUUAAAAGCCAACCUGGUUACGAAGAAUUGGAUCUGCGACUCAAGUGGCCUAAUGAUAUUUACGUUGGCAAUAUAAAAAUUGGAGGGAUGCUAAUAACCACGCAGGUAUUAUCGAAUUUGCUUGUCUGCAACGUGGGGAUCGGCUUCAAUUUGUUUAAUACGGAGCCCACGAUCUGCAUCAAGGAUAUCAUCAAUGAGUUCAAUCGAACAUUUGGCAAGAACGUGAAGAUGAUUUCGUACGAACAAUACUUUGCUAUUGUCUUUAAUGAGAUCGAAAGAUGGCUGGACGUUAUGCAAAGCGGAGAUGUCGAUCUCUUCUUGGAUGCUUAUUACGAAUAUUGGAUGCACAGUGAUACGGAGGUGACGGUGUUGUCGGCGUCAGGCACGUCUCAAAACGUUAAAAUUUUAGGCAUAGACGAGUUUGGAUAUUUACGUGUGCGCGGGGAAGAUGGGACGCUGUUCUCCGUCCAUCCGGACGGGAACACCUUUGAUUGUUUGAAAGGUCUCAUUGCUCCGAAGUAAACGAAUAUCAAAGUAGAUAUUGUUAAACAUUUUCUAAUAGCUAUAUGUGUACAUGUACACUGUUCUCAUUUUUUAUUUUUGUACGUUGCGUAUAUGCAUAUGUACGCGCAUGUAUAAAUGUACUUGAAUCUCAUUGAAGAAGCAUUCCAUGUCAUUUUUGUUGUUCUUAAGUUAUUUCGCGUAUGUUCUACGGUAAUAUUGAAUUGUUGUUACACGAAUCGAUGUACUGUUUCACGCCAAAGAAAUAAUAAAGCAUUAUUGAAUUAAAUCACCAA